AUGAGAAUGGCUAAUGAAAGAAACGGAAAACUAGUAGAAAGACUCAGAUCAUGGGAUGAAAAACUGAACGUCGGUACACAAAGCAAUGAUAUCAACUCACAAUUCUCCUUUCUCAAAACGAAUUACUGGACGACAGUUACAAAGAUUUUUCCAUUAUGGCAUGAGGAAUGGUUAGAAUAUGUGCGUAACAGCAAGAAUACAAAUGCAAACCAUGCAAGUUUUGCAAGAUCAAAAAACGUUGUGAGUAACAAAGCCCAGAACUCAAAAGAAGAGAGCAAGAUCAGACCGCAGAUGAGAAGAAACCUAAGAUACACGUUAACUAAAAAUGUAGUAGAACAGACUUCAGAAAACAAAAAUAACCCAAAUUCAAAUAAUCAACAAACAUUCAUUACUGAACAAGCAGAGAUCUCUAAACUAAGAUUGACAAAAAUAGAUCGAAAAGAACCAAACAGCCAGAAAAUGUCUGUCACAAAAUCGGACGUAAACAAAAAUCAAUGUAAAUCUGCUUCAAAAGAACAUGCAAAUGUUCACACAUUGAACAAUGCCAUCAAGAAGGGUGACUCUAAACUCCAAUCUACAAAAGUGUUCACGAAAACCGUUCUGAGCGGGGUAUAUUCAGACAAAAGAAGCACAACAGACUUGUCAAGCACAUCAAAAGCAACUAAGAAAAAAGAGAUAAGGUUUAACGUAUGA